CGCUCUUCUAGCCUUUCUUUUUGUCGAUGGCAUGGCGCUAGUGGAUACGGCAGAGACAUCGUUGUAACGACUAAAUACAAAUAUUACAAAGUGAAUUCGGCAAUCGAAUGUAAAAUUGUUAAAUAAUUCGAAUUCUGCAGCACAUGUCAGCCAUCACAUCGUCAACAAUUCAGCUCCCAGCCUCAAAUUUUGAGGUUGCUAAUUAUUCCCCAAGGUUAGCUAGCUAGCGGGCUAACGAUAGCCGAUUAACGCUAAACUAGUUGAGCUAACGGUAACUCGGUGCCACUAAACAGUCACUACGUUUAGAAUUCGUAGAAGUGAUAUAAAGCCGACCAGAACCGGGGGAUAGUAUGGCGGAAGCCGACAAGUUGAAUAUCGACUCCAUUAUACAGCGUCUGCUGGAAGUGAAAGGCUCAAGACCUGGCAAAAAUGUUCAGCUGACAGAGAAUGAAAUCCGUGGUCUCUGCCUCAAAUCCCGGGAGAUCUUCCUCAGCCAGCCAAUCCUGCUUGAACUUGAGGCACCCCUCAAGAUUUGUGGUGAUGUUCAUGGGCAGUACUAUGAUCUUCUGAGGCUGUUUGAAUAUGGAGGCUUUCCACCAGAGAGCAACUACCUGUUCCUGGGUGACUAUGUAGACAGAGGCAAGCAGUCCCUGGAGACUAUUUGUCUGUUGCUGGCCUACAAGAUCAAAUACCCAGAAAACUUUUUUCUGCUGAGAGGAAACCAUGAGUGUGCGUCUAUUAACAGAAUAUAUGGCUUCUAUGAUGAGUGUAAGAGGCGAUACAACAUAAAGCUGUGGAAGACUUUCACCGACUGCUUCAACUGUUUGCCUGUUGCGGCUAUUGUCGAUGAGAAGAUCUUCUGUUGCCAUGGAGGCCUAUCCCCUGACCUCCAGUCUAUGGAGCAGGUGCGGAGGGUCAUGCGUCCCACGGAUGUGCCCGACCAGGGUCUCCUCUGCGACCUAUUGUGGGCAGAUCCGGAUAAGGACGUGCUGGGCUGGGGUGAGAACGACCGUGGCGUCUCCUUCACUUUUGGUGCAGAUGUGGUCACCAAGUUCCUCCACAAACAUGACAUGGACCUCAUUUGUCGAGCCCAUCAGGUGGUUGAGGACGGGUAUGAGUUCUUUGCAAAGAGGCAGUUGGUUACGCUCUUCUCAGCCCCAAACUACUGCGGGGAGUUUGACAACGCCGGAGCAAUGAUGAGUGUAGACGAGACCCUCAUGUGCUCAUUCCAGAUUCUGAAACCGGCAGACAAGAAGCUUUUCUACGGUGGUGGAGGAGGCAUGGGCUCCGGUCGUCCAGUUACUCCUCCCAGGAAAGCUAAGAAAUGACACCAGUAGUUUGCCCUGGACCUCCAACCCAUCCCUCCUGCCCUCUCUACCUCUCUUCUCCUCUCUUUCACCAAACAGCCAGAAAUCAAACCUUUACCCAGGGCUUUUUUUUCCUUUUUUAUCUGUACUUCUUAAAACAUUUAAUGUAAUGAAAUGUCUGAAUGCGUGCGUGCGUGUGCAGAUGACAAACAUGUCCCGUCUGCAGGUGAGCAUUAAAAUCAUGUGUGCACAUGUACAUUUUGUGCGAGAGUAUUAGAGAUUUAUACUUUCCCCCUUCUCUGACCACUUUUCCCGUGGACAGGUUAAUACCACAGCAUCAGUCUGUAUAGUAAAUUGACUGAAAAAGCAUGGUUCGGGAGAUGGUGGGGAGAUUGCUAAAUUGAUGGAUUUGGCAGCAAACCCCUGCCUGCAGGUGUGUGUGUACCUAAGCAGGGGGGAGUAUUUUGUUUUCCCUGUCCUCUGUACUGUAAAAUCUCAAACAAAAGGUGUGUCUGUGCGCGUAUGUGGUAUCUUGUCUGUUUGAGUUAAUGUCUCAGUAUCUUUGAACAGGGAGGUGUUGCACCUUUUCAAAGCAAGCUCACAAGCGCGCACACACACAUACAUACACACACACACACACACACACACACACACAUACACAAAUGACUUCAGAUUCAUGAGCCAGAGCUGUAAAAACCCCAUACAGUUUAGGUUUGUACAGAUUUGAUUACUUGAAAGAGAUUUUUUGUGAAUUCGUUUUGUAGUCUUUCAUCAAGUUGACCAAUAAAGCGAGAAUCUGAA